UCUGGCGCAGAAGUUCAUGGCUCAUGCAAAUACUUUCCCGUGGCGCUCCCAAAAACCAUUCUCCUUCCACGAGUCACCAUGAAAUGAAACUCCCCCAACCAUCUUUAACUUUGUUUCUCUCACUACUCACUAUACCAUAACACAUUGCUUUGCUCUUCUCUCUCUCUCUCUCUCUGAUCUCUCUGCAAAAUGGAACAACCAUCUGGGCAUCCAAUUCUGAAAUCUGAAAGUGAUGCAUCCGAAGUGCAUCGCGGCGAGAGAGUUGAUACAAGACUGUCAUUGAGAACUGGUGGCUCAUCCUGGUCAGCGAUCAGUAGUUCAGAAACUCCUUUUCGGAAGCGACAUUUAGUACUUGAAGAGGUAUUGGGUGAGAACCCGAUGCCAAUUUUUGGUUCAAUUUCGAUCCAGGGAUUAGCAGACAGAAUGGAAGAUACGGUGGUGGUACAAGAAAACUUUUGCGAUCAGCCGGAUAUAGCUGGUGGAAAACCUUUGCAUUUCUUUGCUGUCUAUGAUGGUCAUGGAGGAUCUCACGUUUCCACCCUAUGUAAGAACUUGAUGCACCAAAUCAUAGCAGAGGAGCUGAAGAACACGUGGAGCACAAGAGGAAGUAAAGAUGAUUGGGCAGAUCUGGUGCGGGCAGCCAUAGAGAAGAGUUUCUUGAGGAUGGAUUACGUGGCCCUCAAUCUGUGCAUUUGUGGAAAGAAAGGACCCUAUUGCAGGUACUGCUGCAAGCCUCAAGAGUAUGCAAUGGUGGGCUCCACUGCUGCGGUGGCCAUCUUGACUCCUAACCGUAUAGUCGUUGCUAAUUGCGGUGACUCACGCGCCGUCCUCUGCCGUGCUGGGAAGCCCAUCCCUCUCUCCGUUGAUCAUAAGCCCGAUAGACCAGAGGAGUUGGUGAGGAUUAAAAAUGCUGGAGGCCAUAUUGUUUACAGAGAUGGUUUUCGAGUUAAUGGAAUCCUGGAUAUGUCUCGCUCGCUAGGGGACUUGUUUCUAAAAACAAUCAUAACAUCAAAACCUAGUACUUCCAUUACAAAAAGGGAUCCAGAAGAUGAGUGCUUGAUUAUUGCAACUGAUGGCAUUUGGGACGCUAUAUCCAAUGACUUGGCAUGCCAAGUAGUAAGAACAUGUCUAAAAGAAGAAAGUCCAGCUACAGCUCUAAGAAGCCCCUCUUCUAGUCAUGCCAUGAGUGGUGAUGACACCAAUGUCUUGUUUCCAUCUAAGAGUGCUUUUGCAGCAACAAUACUUUGUCGCCUUGCGCUAGGACGAGGAAGUACUCAAAAUAUCAGUGCUAUAGUUGUUGAUUUGAUGGGGCAUUGA